UCCACUUCUCUCGUUCCCCAUUUCUUGUUGAAUUCUAUCAGAAAAAAUGGCGUCUUUAUCAACUUGUAAUCAUUCAGGGAAACUCUCUUCCUCUUUUUCAUCUUCAUCUCUUAAGUUAUCUUCGUUUCAACGCGUGUCUGUUCAGUUCUUUCAGACCCACAAGCACAGUUGUUCUCUUCCUUCCACUCCAAGGCCUCUCACUGUCAUUUCCAUGGCUCCCCCUAAGCCUGGUGGUGGUAAAGCCAAGAAAGUGACUGGUAUUAUAAAGCUGGCUCUGGAGGCAGGGAAGGCAACCCCUGCUCCACCAGUAGGGCCGGCGUUGGGUUCGAAAGGUGUUAACAUUAUGGCAUUCUGUAAGGAUUACAAUGCCAGAACUGCUGAUAAAGCUGGAUAUGUCAUUCCUGUCGAAAUCACCGUCUAUGACGAUAGAAGCUUCACUUUUAUCUUGAAGACCCCACCUGCUUCUGUUUUACUGCUCAAGGCUGCAGGAGCGGAAAAAGGUUCGAAGGACCCUCAGAGGGAGAAAGUGGGAAAAAUAACUAUUGAUCAGUUGAAGGUAAUUGCUCAAGAGAAGCUCCCAGAUCUUAAUUGUUCUACAAUUGAAUCUGCGAUGAGGAUUAUAGCUGGCACUGCAGCAAAUAUGGGAAUUGACAUUGACCCUCCGAUUCUUGAACCUAAAAAGAAAGAACUUGUGUACUAGUUUUGCCGUUUUGUGCCUUUACUAUUUCCAUGUAAUGUAUCCCUGUAUUAGAAGCAAUUGGAAGAGAAGUAGAUUGCUUGCAGAAAGAGGAUCUGGCAGUGUACCUUCAAAUCUUUGUGUUUCUGUUGGAUAGCCAAUUAUCCAUUUGUUUCAAUUUCUUAUUAUUUUGAAUAUAUGAUGAAUGCGUAGAUACGCUCUGAA